AUGCCAAGCUCUUACAGAAAUGCAUACACGGCGUGCCCAGCUUCAAACAGUACCACCCCGUCCAUCAUCCCAUGGAACCAUAAACCCGGUGUCUGUGUUACCCUGUCAGCAAAUGAUUUGCUUAGAGGAGCUGAACCACUGAAAACAACACACCCACCUAAAGUCUGGAGCAACCCACUCCAUUACGCGAAUCAGACUGAAGCGAGCGGAAAAAGUUUGUCGUUGCUCCCUCACCCGCCCCCGCGUCGCUCCCUUGGGGCGACUCGGGCGGCCCCCAACCCUAGCCCGCCGCCGGCCUCUCCCCUCCUCCCUCCCGACCUUGCCGCCACCGGAGACAGCUGCCGGCAAGCCCGCGCGGCGCCGAGGAAGGUGGCGGCGAGGCUUGCCGCUCCUGCCUCGCGCGGAGGGCAUGGUGUGCCGGGGUGGCGGCCCCGGUCAAGGUGGGCAGCGUUGUUCCCUGCGGCGGACGGCGGCUGCGGGUGCUCGGCUGGGCUCCUCGGCUUGCUUGGGCGGCGAGGCCCCGGUGGAUGGAGCUCGCGGUGGCCGGAUUUCCUCCGUCGGUCGGCCUCCAGAUCUGAAUCGGCCAGCUCCAAAUCCACCCUCCUCACCUUCUCCCGUUCGAUCUCAGCUCCGGUGCGGCCCUGCUCGCCGGAUCCGGUGGUUGCCGGUGUUUUGGCGGUGGGGCUCCUGGGACCGGGGGAAACCCUUGGCCGCCGCCGGCGGCCACAACCACGACGAUGCCGCGGCGUCGAACUACUUCUUGGAGGCUUCGUUGAGGACGACGGCGCCGCUACGGCACUGUUCCCCUUCCUGAAGGCGCCGUCCUUGUACUGCGGGGUGGAUGUCGAGUUUGGAUGUAUUGGUGGCUGCAGUGGCGGCAUUGCUCUUCAUCAACCUCUCGCCGUGUCGAUUUAGUUCGCGUUCCUAUCUUGCAGUGCGCGUCUCCUUCGUGGCUGUGCCAUGGCAACUGAAGUUUCUUGUGGAGCACAAUGUGGUCUGUUGCAGCCCCUCCCAUGAUACAUCUGGUUGCCAUUUGUGAAUUCGGGUUCUUGGGGAACCACUUCGCCUGCCGACGACGAGAAGGUUGUGGCCUCCUACGGCAACGAAGACGGAUUUCAUUAUGCCCAGGUUGUUCAUCAUGCUGGAGUGGACUUGAGCCUUCUCCUUUCACAUUGUUGCUUUCCACAAGUUUGAUGUUUGUCCGGUGCUGAUUGCUUCGGUGGACGAAGACCUUGACUGCUCAAGCUUAGUUCUUCAGUUUCAUCUUGGUAGCUGCUUGUGUAGUCUUUGGUUUGUGCACUGUCCUGUUUUGCACCUUGUAUCGGCCGCCUGAGGUUGUUCUGCCUCAGUGUCUUCCUUUUCUUUCUUUUUCAUGUUGCAUGUAUGUGGUUGAUCGAUGUAAUCCUGACCGGUUGAUGGCUUUGUUAAUUCAAAGUCGGGCUAGGUUCGAGCCUCCUCUUGGGCUCGGCCGAUGCCUUUCCUCUAAAAAAAAUGCUGUUCUGAAGCAGAA